CGCUGCUUCAGAAUAUCCCCCACCCGUUUCCACUCUUCUUUUGGGUUUUGCACCUUCAACGCACCGAUUCUUUUUUGAGGGAAAGGGAAAUUGCUGGGUCUUCGCGGCCUUUUGAUGCCUUGUUGACCUCCCUACUACGACCUUUGGGAACCGAAAUGUUUUGUCUUCGCAGUUGGCUCCCGCUGCUGUUCAUCCCGACAAACGCUUCGCCGGCCUUCAUCUUCCUCUUCUUCCUGUGCACCUACUUCCUCAAUCGACCAUGCUUCUACUGCUCGUUCCUCCUUCUCAUACUCUUCCUGACCUCAUGUAACUGGUCCGACCGCUGUUUUCUCGAUGUUGGCAGCAACUGGUUCCAGCCAAACCUCGCGGCAAGCCAUAUUUACUUGCCUCAGUCAGGGAUGGGGGGUGAAGUGACAAGCAACAUCGAAGCAUCCGAGAAUCUCCACGCCACAGUCUCGGCUGUAGUCGGCGAGAUGCUUAAGACCACCGCCGGGGCAUUGGCAACGACUGUUACAGAGCAGGCCACACGAGCCAAAGUCGAGUGGACAGGGCUUGGGUUGGAAUGGUUGCGGAGCCUUCUUGGGCGGAGAGAAUGGCGGAUCGACUGUUUGGACUUGUAUAUCCGCUUGUAGCCAGCUUGCUGGUAUCGCGGGUUGCAGCUAGUAUCAUGGGUUGGGCUUGGGCAUUGCGUUGCAACCACAGCAAGCGCAGAAGCGGAUAUGCAACCGAUGGUUUUUUUUGGCAGCACCGGCAUGAUCCUGAACCCCGUCAAAAGGCUGCUUGGGAAAAAUUCUAAAGUACAUAGUUAUGGUGAUAAUGUAAACGUUCCUCGAGUAGUUUUCCUACCCAAAAGAGAGGCAUGCAUCCA